AUGGAUUCCAGCCUGGCGGACCUGCUGAGCCCCCAGGGCGUUGCUACGCAUCUAUCGGAGCGAGGGCUCAUCGCCGUCACCUGGACCGGCGCCGGUCUGGCAGCUGUCUUCACGGGGCUUCGUCUGGGGAUUCGCCUGACGCGACUGAAGCACCUGUUAGCAGACGACUAUUGCAUUCUUCUGGCGCUGCUUUUCCUGGUAACCAACGCGGUGCUCCAGACCCUCCAGGCGCCGCAUCUCUACUACAUCGCCCUGACGCCGUUGACCGGCGACAUCGUGCACCAUGUGAAUCUGUACACCCGCUACGAGUUUGUCGUCAUCGGACUCUUCUGGUCGGUGCUCUGGAGCGUCAAGGCAGCAUUCCUGGCGCUGUUCUGGACCAUGACCGACAAUCUGCCUCACUACCGCCGCUGGUGGUGGGCGAUUGUGGCCUUUUCUUUUGGCUCUUAUGCUGGCUGCUGGCUGAGCUCUGCCUUUACGUGCCAUUCACCGUCUGAUUACUUCAAGUUCGCCAAAUGCACGAAACCGAUUGACCAGCAGGGGUCUGUCAUUGCCAUCUCCUACAGCACCGCCGUGGACAUCCUGACCGAUCUUAUGAUCAUGGCCUUUGCACUGCGAAUAGUAUGGUCGACAACGAUCACCCCCAACCAGAAAGUCGGACUGGGGAUCGUCUUUUCCCUCGGGGCGUUCAUUAUUGCCUUUGCAAUCGUGCGCGCCAUCAACAUCACCGGCCGUGCCUACACUGACCAGGCUGGGCUUGCAGUCUGGAGCAUCGCCGAAUCCUCUAUUUCGGUCAUAGUCGGCUGUUUGCCGCCGUUCAAGACGUUCCUCUCGCGCAGCAACUCGACGUACGAGUCCAGGUAUCCUCCUGCGUACGGUGGAAGUGGCUUCUCUCGUCGGAAACGCUCAGUAACGCAAACGACGACCUGGAGCGAGACAGCGCUCGAGCGGGAGUACGAACUGUCUUCUCGCCAGGUUCUCUUUUCGGCUGGGAGGGAAGAGAGUCCGUCCAGACAGGGCGAGAUACUGGUUACCCAUGAUUUUACUAUUUUACGAGAGCAGCGACCAGGCAGGGAUUAA